UCGAAGAUACUCCGAGUGUUCAAAUAAAUGCGUCAGCGAUCACGCAACUCCGAUGAAACGUGUUGGGACCCCGAGGAGCCACUUGUGAACCGGCUCCGACACCGGCAAACAUCAUUCAAUUAUUGUAACUCAGGGUGAAAUAAUAUUCUUCAACAGGAGAAUGGCGACAGACGUACGAGGUGUUGUUCUCUCCGGAACUGAUCUUGCCAAGGAAAUUCGAGAUGACCUGACGAAACAAGUAUCAUCCCUCCGUUCAAAAUUACCGGACUACGCUCCAGGUCUCGCCAUUGUCCAGGUAGGUGGACGUGAAGACUCCAACGUCUACAUCCGCAUGAAGAUCAAAGCGGCAACUGAAAUCGGGAUAAAUGCUACUCACGUGAAACUGCCGAACACCACAACCGAGAUGGAAUUGCUCAGUAAACUUGACAAAUUGAACAACGAUCCGGCUACUCACGGUAUUAUCGUGCAGAUGCCCCUUGAUAGCGUCAACAGGAUCAACUCUCACCUCAUCACCGAUACGGUGUCACCUGAGAAGGACGUUGAUGGCCUCAAUACUAUCAAUGAGGGACGAGUGGCAAUCGGCGACAUGACUGGAUUCCUCCCCUGCACUCCCAAUGGAUGCAUCGAGCUCAUAAAAAAAAGUGGAGUCCAAAUUGCCGGAGCGAAUGCUGUCGUCCUGGGGAGGUCUAAAAUUGUGGGGACGCCAGUGGCUGAAUUAUUGAAGUGGCACAAUGCUACCGUCACAGUGUGUCACUCACGGACGAAGGACUUGCCCAAAGUGGUGGGUCAGGCUGAUAUUCUCGUUGUUGGAAUCGGACAACCGGAGAUGGUUAAGGGGUCGUGGAUCAAACCUGGAGCUGUUGUUAUUGACUGCGGAAUUAAUGCUAUUGCAGACGCGACGAAGAAAUCUGGUCAGCGUUUAGUCGGGGACGUGGAGUACUCCACGGCGAAGGAGGUCGCCUCCUACAUCACCCCAGUCCCCGGGGGCGUCGGUCCGAUGACGGUUGCGAUGCUGAUGAAGAACACAGUCAUCUCCGCGGAACGUGCGGCGCAGCGUCUGCUCUCCACCACGUGGAGCCUGACCCCCCUCCCCCUGAGACCGCAAACCCCGGUCCCGAGUGACAUCGAGAUCUCGAGGGGUCAAGAGCCGAAGCAGAUCGUCUCCCUCGCGGAGGAGAUCGGCAUCUUCCCGAACGAGCUCAGCCCCUACGGCUCGAAGAAGGCGAAGGUGAGCCUCAGAGUGCUCAAGCGCCUUCAGAACCAGAGGAACGGAAAGUUCGUGGUGGUCGCGGGAAUCACUCCGACCCCCUUCGGCGAGGGCAAGAGCACCACGACCUUGGGACUGGUGCAGGCCCUCACCGCUCACCGCAACAAAAACUCGAUCGCCACCCUGAGGCAGCCGAGCAUGGGCCCCACUUUCGGGGUCAAAGGGGGUGCAGCUGGUGGCGGAUAUUCUCAGGUAAUUCCCAUGGAGGAGUUCAACCUCCACCUGACGGGCGACAUCCACGCGGUGACAGCGGCCCACAAUCUCCUGUCAGCCCAGAUCGACGCGAGAUGGUUCCACGAGUCGACCCAGACCGACAAAGCCCUGUACGAUCGUCUAGUCCCUACCGUCAAGGGCGUGAGAAAAUUCUCCAAUAUCCAGCUGAGACGCCUCAGCAAAUUGGACAUCACCAAAACCGAUCCCAACAGUCUCACCGAAGAGGAGCAGUCGAGAUUCGCCAGGUUGGACAUAGAUCCUGAGAGGAUCACCUGGCCCAGAGUAGUCGAUCUCAACGAUCGCUUCUUGCGAAAGGUGACGAUCGGGCAGAGUCCGACUGAGAAGGGUCGCACCCGAGAGACGAGUUUCAGGAUCUCCGUGGGUUCGGAGAUUAUGGCGAUCCUGGCCCUGUCCACGAGUGUCGAGGACAUGAAGGAGAGACUCGGCAAGAUCGUCGUAGGAUUCUCCAAGACCGGAGUCCCUCUGACAGCUGAGGACUUCGGUAUGACGGGUGCCAUGGCAGUCCUUCUGAAGGACGCCAUCGAGCCCAAUCUCAUGCAGAGCUACGAAGGUACCCCAGUGCUGGUUCACGCCGGGCCCUUUGCGAAUAUCGCCCACGGCUGCUCCUCGAUAAUUGCCGACGCCAUAGGGCUGAAGCUCGUGGGGCCCGAAGGGCUCGUCAUCACCGAGGCUGGCUUUGGCUCUGACAUUGGAAUGGAGAAGUUCUUCGACAUCAAGUGCAGGACAUCGGGGCACGUUCCCAAUGCCAUUGUCUUGGUGACGACAAUCAGAGCCCUGAAGAUGCACGGAGGGGGCCCAACGGUGACACCUGGGGCACCUCUGAAGAAGGAGUACGUGGAGGAGCAUCUGGAUCUCGUGGAGAAGGGUCUCCCAAAUCUUCUCAAGCACAUUGAGAAUGGCAAUCACUUUGGAGUGCCUGUUGUCGUGGCCAUCAAUGCUCAUGGCAGUGACACUAAAGCCGAGCUGGAGCUCGUGAAAACGGCGGCGAUCAAGGGUGGAGCUAGGAAUGCCGUCGUCUGCACCCACUGGGCCGAGGGGGGAAAGGGCGCCCUGGAGCUUGCUGAUGCGGUGAUCGCAGCUACUGAGGAGGCCAGCAAGUUUGAGCUGCUCUACGACUUGGAGUGCAGUAUCGAGGAGAAGAUGAGGACGAUCGCGGAGAAGAUGUACGGGGCUGGGGAGGUGGUGCUCAAUGACAAGGUCAAAGGGGAGAUUGAGGAGUACAAGAGGUUGGGGUAUGAUAAACUACCCUUGUGCAUGGCCAAGACUUCAAACUCUUUGACUGGGGAUCCCAGUGUCAAGGGGGCGCCGAGGAGAUUCCCAUUGGAGGUUAAUGAUAUUUUUGUGUCGACUGGGGCUGGGUUUGUGGUGCCUAUGGUCGGGGAGAUCAUGAUGAUGCCUGGACUGGCUACCAGACCGGCGAUUUAUGAUAUGGAUUGGAAUAGUGAGACUGAUGAGAUUGAGGGACUCUUCUAGAUAAUACGGGGGUUCACUAAAUAUCGAGACCUUUAGUCUUUACUUUCAUUCCCUAAGACAAUCUGUCAUGAAUAAAAUUUCUUUCGUUAAUUAGUGGUAAGAAAAAUUACUUAAGUUACUGAGAAUACCAACGUUUGUUGGUAAAACUAAUUAUAAGAAUAUUUUUGUACUGCUGAACAGUCUGUGCGAGUUGAACCCAUUAAAACCUUGAGUUCAAGAAA